GGCCGCAAAGCCAAAGCCUAAAAGCAAAAGACAAAAUGGCGGCCCCCUUGCUACGUUGAGCGCGCUACGCUGCUUGGCAACUCUGAAAUCCUCUCAAAAAUGAUACGUUAUUCCUUAACGCUACUUUCGACACUGCGGACGAGCUAUGCUGUGCCUUUUCCCCGGCUACUGUUGAAAAUGCAGCCGAGAAUCGUCUCUGGAGCCCUGCACACCUCUCCGAGUCACCGCGAAGACAACCGAUCGGCUCAGCAGUCCAAGAGCAAAUCACUGAUCCUGCAGAAUCCUUUCCGCUGGCUCAGCGUGUUUUUCGAUUUUCUAGAACUCAAGAAGAGAUGGGAUCCCGAUUUCAACAGGAAGGAAUUCAUCGUAGGCACCAAACAGGCCAUCUCCACAGUCCUGUCACUGAUUGCCACCGAAAGGUUGGACGACCUCACUGGGCUCAUCAGACGAGAGGCAGUGAGCAAAUUUAUUCAGCAAGCCUCGGAGAUGCUCGGCUACGGUAACACGCAGCAUCUGAAAGAUGUCGACGACAUCAUUGCCAUGCCUUAUAGAGUCAAGCUGCAGUCUAUUGUGGACCAAAACUACUGCGACAUAGACGUCCACUUCCUGGUUGUGAAAAACAUGGACAGUGACCAGUCUUCCCCAAGCUCCGGCCGCACUCUCAUGUGCCUCCUCUUCGCGAAGUUCCAUCGCAACUACAGCCCCGGACAGCUGCCCGAUUGGACCAUCACGGACCUCUCUUUGCAAAAGGCUACGCCACUCUGACGUGAAUGUUUGGACAACAGGCCGGGAUCCUAUAGUGUUGAGUGUGUCUAGCUGGAAGCAGCACAGUCUGUGCUUUUCUUCAUGAAUAGAGACGUCCGAAGGAUACACAUUAGCAUACGACUUGAUAAGGGACGGUCGAUUCCUGGGUGCAACAAACUGCCCCGAGUUCUAUAGGAUUAGAGGAGAGCAGCUGUAUAUGUACGCUGAUGCAUUUUCCUACAUUUGUUACAUUAAAGGUCGAUAUUGACAGCCAACUGCCAUCUGACCCCGAGUAAAUGGAAAAAAAGAAGCUCUUGGUUUGAUGCACUUUGGGAAACCAAAAACUGUUGAAACGUUUCGGAAAGCUAACGAAAGUGGAUCCUCAUUGAGAUACAAGCUAUCAAGGUCAUUGAUCUAACUAGUUUCGGCUGCAAGGGAGAUAUUUCUGAAAUAGGAUGUUGUAAUUAACUUCAAGUUAAGAGAUAAUCACAUCUAAUAUUUGAAAAAACUUCUUGUAAUUGUAAAUAAAAUGUACAAACCACAAAAAAACAUUUCACCUGGAACUAUGUUUAAAUAAAAUACUCAACAGUGUCAUAAUAUCUCUGCUAAUGUAAGGAAAUAGUUAGGCCAAAUACCAUAUGUCCAGCAUAUGCAAAAGCUGUACAGAACUGCCCGAUAAAAUCGGUGGGCUUCCUUAUUACCUUGGAAACCUGCGUACAUAAUCCUGCAGACAGUUUGUGGUUGAUGUGGCAAGAAAUAAAUGCUGUUAAAUUUCCAUGCA